GCAUCCUUGGAAACUGUGUGAAACGAUCGGGAUCUUCCUCUUCACUGACUUCAGAAGUAAGGGCUCUUGACAAAUCCAGCUUGCGCGCUAUGAAACGGAAAUAGGCAUGAUGGAUUAUUUCUCCUGACUCGUCCUGAUUGUGUGGACGUGAACAUUGUGUGCAUCUCAUUAUUUUCUGGAUGUUCCACGAUCACGCGGACGGUUGAGACCCCCUACUGACACUGACGGAGCACAGACUCGGUGGCAUCUGUCUUGUUGGGGAAGCAGCGCGGAGAUUGUGGUUGCUGACUUUCUGUCGCGCGCCAGUGUAGUGCAGUGCCGUGUGGUGGUGUCAACAUCACCUUGAGCGGGAUACGCGGCGAUCGCAAGGUCCCUUAGGACUGAGCAGCUAACUCCCAAACGUUACGUACAACCAUCGGGGCAGCAACGGCUCUGCGGCGGAAAACAAGACUAGCCGAAAUCUAUACGAUUGGACGUUGACGGGAACACAAGGACUUACGACCCGACGCAGCGUCAAAUCACGUCGCAUUCGCUUCUGGUUUGUCUUUCAGGUGCUGGCAGCAGGCAACAGUCAACGCUCAGGGUUUUAGGUCGACCGGCACCCCGUGACGGCUGACAGCCACGAAAAGCCCAAACGGUCAGCCUGUGUCCAGGGAGGUCUGCACGCUUCCCUAAACCUAAUAAUUCCAAAACGCAUGUCUUUCUACCCCCACUGCAACGGUGUGUUUAUCCUCCAACACUUCUGCGUGUCUGACGAACUCUAAGUCAGUGAACGACGCAGUAAUCACGUGGCCUGGAUUAAUGGAUAGGCAGAGACUGGAGUUGUGAAGUGCAGUCGUAGGCUGAGCUGGGCGGCCAAACGGUUUCGCGCUGUUUCAUAGUGUUUGUGUAAGCUGAAGUGGAUUGAGGCUACAGUUGUAGAGACCGCUUUGAGCUACACUGCGGAAACCUGCUGCAUUUUAUUGUAUGACUAUGAGUCCUGACAGCUGGCUCAGCCGUGACCCACGCUGCUCCUCUCGACAAUAGCGGAAAAGAAGCAUUGGUUUCAGUUCAGAAUUCGCUGAGCUCAGUGCACGGGUUCGCUGGUUCGCGCUCUCCUUCGCUCGGGGUGAUUUUGACGCUGAAUAUCUGUGACAUAACAGAUAGAGUGAGCGAUUGUGGCGAAGACCCUGUCAAGGCGGUGUCAAGCUACGCUAUCUUGCUCUGUUUGGGCAGAGCUGGAGGCCAGGCAGGUCAUUUGUUAUCAGAUAGUGUCCUAAAACAAGUGGCACUGACCUCAACUGCAACUGCAAACCUGUGCUCUGCCUCAGCUGUUGCAAGAUAGACUCGUGUUCUACUGAAGGUGGUGUUGGAUACUUGCUCCCUUCUACGUACUACUUUCAGAAUACAGAACUGUAAAGUUCCUGUGGACGCUGUGGAACAGAACUCUACGUGGUGUUCAGGUUUUCCCAUACAAACCUCUGCUGUCAACCUGGUGGUGCAAGCCCUACUGCAGUCUGUUGAGAAUGAGUAAAGGCAAAAACUUGUACUUGUAGCUCAGUACAGACUGGUUAGCAGUCGUGGAAGUGAUACUAACUGUGGAGGUGGUGCCUUGACCCAAACUAGUGCCAGACUUGUGCAAGAGUUGUGCAAGCGGUAUGGCAUCGAGCAUUGCCAGGAAGGCGUCAUCGUUCCGUAUCUCCGGUGGUUCCGCCCGGGUCACGAAGAAGAGGCGAGUGCGUCGGGCGGUGAGCUUCACGCACGAUGUGUUCCUGCUGAGUGCCAUUCGUGACGAGUCCAUAGACGAGAUCAAUAGAGUUUUGCUGGAGAUGGAGGCUGAUCAGGAAUUGGACUUGAAUGCAGUGCUAGUAGGCGGCAGGUCGGCGUUGCAUCAGGCUGUGCUAGCGGCAAGAAGCGACGCCAUCGCCAUGCUCCUGGACAGGGGAGCGUAUGUGGACGUGCUGGAUGACAACGGAUGGACGCCGUUGCAUUACGCUGUCGAUGCAGGCCAGUCAGAUGCUGCUAGUCUUCUCGUGGACCGUGGCGCCGACCCUCGCCACCCGACACUGGACGGCAACAACUGCUUACCCAUGGACAUAGCCAUAGAUCAGUGUGACAGCGAAAUGAUGGCACUGCUCAGCGAUGGCAUUACUCGCGCUCAGCAUCGCCCACUGCUGAUCGUGAAGCCGGCUCUGCGAGGUAGUGGAAAGUGCUUUGUGCCACGCAAGCCAGGCGCUGAUUGCGACGAUGAGGAAGUAUCCAAUGAGACGAUGGACUAUGAUAGUACAACGAGUGACUUUGACAACCGUUCCAUUACAUCGGCAAACUCGGCACUAUUCGUUCCUAACUUCAAACGCCUUUCAAGCGGUGGCACGGGUCCGUUCAGGUCCUUCCGGAAGCUACGGGACAGAUAUCGACAGCCAUCGCCGUCACCAUCGCCAUUGAGAGACUCUGAUGUGGAUACACCGGAGGAUGGUUCGUUCUGCACCGUCAACGAGUUCAUCACGGACGUCUUCUCCAACGCUCUGCGCAACGCUCACUGCGAUACCACCAGUAUGUCCUCUGCAACUGCGGACGACUCCCAGGACAGCCUCGCCUCGUUUCCCAACUCGUCCGACUCACCCCGCUCCUCCUUUCUUGGUGGUGGACUUGAGAACUCUUUACUACGGCCGGUGCAGACAAGUUCACCGGCCCUGGACAGUAAAACGUCCAGCUCUUCCGGGUCGUCCGAGGACUCGUUUCAUUCGCCGUUGUCCUCGAUGUCUUCAGCAAAAAAGCUCAGUCACUACAAUUCGAAUGGCAGUCUAGUGUCAACGGACCAGCCCGCCGUCGUGACCUCCUCGUCCAGUCCCAACUCUAGCUCUGUGCAGAUCUCAAGCAGUGGGUCCAGUGUACAGUCACGGCACAGUUUACCCCUGGACAUACCACCCAUGCAGUCUCGCAUAGCUGCAGAGGAUGAUCAGAACUUUCCGCGCGGCGCACCGCCAGCAUGCAGCGGAUCACCAUCGUACGACGUUCCAAGGAGCGGUGUGCCGCGCAAGUUCAUGCUGCUCUCAAAGCACAGAGAUAGGACUGGAAACAUGGUGCUGGGUUCAAGCUUCGACUAUGAUGUUCCACACAGUGCACUGCGUCGUCCCCUGCAGCCCAGCACACUAUCACCACCACUCGAGGCUGAGGGAAACUCAAUGUUCGACCUGAGACUGGCGGUGGACGAGUCCACUCUCAUUCAUGCCGACCACGAAGAUGCUAGGUCACGAGAAGAUCACACGCAGAUAACACCCCAGGCAUCGGUCGCAUGCGAUAGUCCAGACCUAGCGACCUGCACUGAUGACCGUGCUACGCCUGAAGUGCCAACCGCAGAUUACGAAUCUCUGGUGGAUGAUGACAGCGAGCCGUCCUCCUCUGAUUUGGGUACGACGCUCACAAUCUCUCCCGGUCGCCAUUAUUCAUGUGCAGAAUCUAGCCACGACUUUGCUUCUGAUAGCACAUUAGGUGUUCGCUCUAGCAACUCUGUCUCGCGAUUAAGCCCGGAAUGCAGCUUGACACGAACAUACAAGAUCAAAGACACCUUCACAUCGGUUCAGUCUCUGCCCACCUAUCGGCAUGUCACCCCUGACGAGUGCUUCUCGCCCCAGUCAUCCGAGCCACGCAGUCCACUGAGCCCAGAGUCGACUGGCUCAGAGGAUCAGUCAUCGAUGUCCCAGUGCCGUGAUGGUGUGUGUGCCGAUCAUCUUGCAGAUGGGCAGCAGCACGACUACGUGAGUGCCACGUUGCCGUGGAGAGGCAGGCAUGGAGGAAACCGACCGUCCUUGACCGCAGUCACUGUGCGACAUGCAGCCGGUGAUGCCAGGAAGGAUACCAAGGCCCCAGCUAACAGAUUAUCAGCUGCUGAGUUUCUGCUGUCGCUCUCUCCAUCAGGACCACCCGCUCUUGUUGAAGAAGUCGAAGAGGAGGACGAAGAAAAGGAGGGGGUCAUGUCCCUGCUCGAUUUCUUGGACUCGCAUGACCCACCAGACCAAUCCCGAAGUCCAUCACCGCCAUCGGAUCCUCUUGAAUUGUCAGCGGAGGAUUUCCUUCUUUCUGCGCAGGACCUAUCUGGCGAGAAUAGUCGGCCAGGUUCAGCAGCUGAGUACCAUGGAGUGACAGCGCGUCUGAGAAAGGUGUCCGACUCCGAUGAUCAGCCACGUCCUGAUCGGCCUAUGUCGUUGGUGAGCGACUGGAUGACUCCAGUCGGUACAGCUAACCUCUCGAGUCAUGUAGCAACAUUGCCGCGUGGUAUCACAGUCGAACUCGGUGGCUUCCAGCGUGGCAAUGCGGCGCGGGGCAGCCUGCGCCGGCUCAUCACCAAGGCAACGACACGCACAUCCAAGAAGGCGAGCGCCUCAACCAGCUCCGACUCCACGAUCACGUCCGCGGGUUCUUCUGAUCGCCAUGCCAGUGCCGGCAGCCAUUGUGCUUCACCGGGGUCCGAUGAUCAGCAGGCUGCAGAUAGUAGUGCUACUAACACCACUGGACGCAAGUCAUUCCUGAAGAGGACCUCAUCGCUGCGCAACAGCUUCCGCUCAAGGAAAUCUAAAAAGCUGAAGAGUAGCCUCGAAAGCGAUGAUGCAGAUGUUAGUGCACCUGCCAAGGACAAUUCUAUACAAGUGCAGGGAAGACAGACGGAAUCUGGAGGACAGCAUCGACCAGUGAUUGUUAAGCGUAGAGACAGAGCGGGCACGGAAGAUUCGACAGUGGUUGCUAAUUCUGUUGCAAAGGCUGCUGACAAGCGGGCAUCAGGUAUUCUGACCGUCUCCGUCACUGCCUUAUGAGCGAGCGAUAUUCAACCAUUGUUAUACACUGGGCUACUACUGCUCUGUCACCGGAAUCCGGUGAAGUUGUAAUCCUUUAUCCUAUUGCAGAUAUUUGAGACAUUGGGCACAGAGCUACUAAGAACUACUUAGCACGAUUGCACUGCCGUAUUGCUUCUACAUGUAGUUCCAUUUAGCAUUUGCUGGUAUUGUGUCACUUUCCUAGCUGGCCUGCCUGUAGCGUGUUUCCACUACCAUGUAGCGUGUGUGUGCCUGUUCUCGUGUAUGUGUGUGUCUGCGUGGGUGUGCGUGCGCGUGUGUAUGGCGGGUUGUGCAAUUCUCUAGAUGGCCAAUCGGUAGUGUGUCCUUUUGAAGGCUGUGACCUCAGGUAGAUCUCCGGCAUUACUGCUCACUCUAGGCCCAAUCAGUACAGUUUUCAAAGGUAUUCAGCUGGACUGAAUGUUGAGCACUCAUACCGUUAUCGCUGCUCGUCUAUGUUGCUGCCGCCGGCUUUUCUUCAUAAAUGCUUGUGUUUGUUAUGUUCGAAGUAUAACUUAGUUUCCUUGAUGUCGAAAACAUUUUAAAGCCAUUAUUCUCA